AUGGCUGAAACAAAGGAAGAUCCAGCAGAUGCGAAACCAAAAGAGAAAACGAAUUUGGGCGAGUUCCUGCGGCUGGGUCGUUAUGUUGGAUUCGUUUGCUUGACCUACGAAUGCCUGGUUAUCUCUCAAGUCAGCAACCUCAUCUACAUGAUCUAUGGGGGGGCAAACGCGAAUGUGGUGAGUUGCGGUGAUGAGUCGUUUGAGAAUAUGACGCACUCGGAACGUUGUGAAAUCUAUAACAAUUUGAACGAUACUGCAGAUUGUAAAUACGAAGCAGACUUUCAUUCGGUCAAUUAUGAGUUUGGAUAUGCAUGUAGUGGAACAAAGACUGUGAAGAAUAGUAUAUCUCUGCAAAUGAUCGGUAUUAUGUUUGGAGCUAUUGUUUUUGGACAGCUUUCGGACACGUUCGGUAGAAGAAAGACGUUGAUAUUCGGUACAAUUGGUCUGAUUAUAUCCGGAACUGUGUCAACAUUUGCAACCGGAUUGUACACAUUCACACUGGCUCGUUUCUUUGUGAUGUUCUUCACCGGUGGCAAACACAGUGUUUCGUACGUGUUUAUGAUGGAGAAUCUGCCAGCUCGACAUCGAAUGUGGAUUGUUACGGUGAUCACAUACUCACCGAACUAUCUCGUCUUCACAGCGAUUGCGUAUUUCUGCGGUGAAUGGCGACUGACCUCACGUGUGGUGGCCGCGUUCACUUUUGUUCCUCUCAUCAUGCUCAUGUUCAUCUUCGAAAGUCCAAGGUGGUUGUUGAACAAAGGUAAGUUUGAGGAGGCCAGAGAAGCGAUGUUGGGUAUGGGCAAAUGGGAUCAUUCUAAUUCAGCCGAGAGAACGGCCAAUUUGGAUCGUAUUAUCAGCAAAGAAAAAGAACGUCAAGUUGUGCCAGCGGGUACCCAGCGUAAACGUUACUACACGUAUCAUUUGUUCUCAACACCGGCAUUAGCCACCUAUACCGUUCUUUUCGCAUACAGUUUAAUGACCACGAGUAUCAUAUCGUAUGGUCUCGUGUUCAACAUGGAAAAAUUGGCCGGAUCACCGUAUCUGAAUACGGUCAUUGUGGGGUCGCUGAGAUACUCGAUAAAUCUGGUUUGUGCUUUUGUCGAUAUUCGUUUCGCUUGGGCUGGUCGUCGUCUGUUGCACGGAUUCUCGAUGGGAUUCAUUUCGGCAAGUCUCGGAUUGGUAUUCUGCAUUGAGGUUUUCGGGUUGAAUCUGCCCGGCCUGGUUCGUAUCACCGCUCUGUCAGCCGCAGCAAUGGGCAGUCAAAUUUACAUCUUGAACGCGGUCGCACCAUCCGAAUUAUUCCCGACACCGAUUCGUAACGUUGGCAUUGGUUUCAUUCAAACGUGGAAUCGUAUUGGUAAUAUUAUUGCACCUCAAAUAUUUGUUGUGGGAGAUAUCUGGGGGCCACUGCCAUAUCUGCUGAUGUGUGGAAUGAGUUUGCUUGAAGUGAUCGCAUAUGAAGCGUUCGUACCCGAAACUAAAGGUAAACCGUUACCCGAGCAUAUGCCAGACGAAAUCGAACGAGACAAAGAUGCCGAAAGGGCGAAAUUGCAAGCUGAUCACGAAGAUAUCCCCCUCACCGAUGUUCCGGAGAAGUAG